GUGUGAUGUGACCCAGCCCUUCUUCUGCAGUGGGAGCAUUUCUCGGUGCCACACCGGGGGUAGAUUUUAAUACCGAAAGUGUCCCACGGUACGUGCGCCGCCGCUUAAAUGGCUGCCGCGGCUCCAGAAGAAGAAACACCUGCACUGAGCAGCUGUGUUGAGACCGACGUAGUACCGGCCGUAGAGACGAACCACUGCGAUGUGGAGGAGAAAGAAAAUGGCCUAACCGAACCGGAAACAGAGGAGCCACGCAGCAGCAACGCAGAGCCGGAGAUGGAAGAAAAAGAGGAGGCCGGCGAAGAAGAGGAGAAAAGGAAAACCGCUGCAGCGGCAGACAAGGCCACGAGCAGCGAGGCGGUGACGGACGAAGGUGCUGUAACGGUGAGCCUGGAGGAGGCGACAGCCGCUCCUGAAGAACCGGAGCAGAAGCCGGAGUCACAGGGAGAAGGUAACGAAUUACCAGCCAACGAUAACAACUCGCUGAAAGAAGAAGCGGUGAAGGAGGAACCGGGAGGAGAGGACAGCCGGGGUUCGGGGAUAAACUGCGAAAAGAGCAAAACAGUGUGUGAAGAUGGGGAGAAAGCGAGCGGCGGGAGCGGCGGGAGCGGUGGGAGCGGCAGCGGCGAACUGGGCGACAAGAGGCGGCCGAGUGUGGAGAUCUCAUCCUCGGAUGGUGAACCGUUGAGCCGUAUGGACUCCGAAGACAGUAUCAGCAGUACCCUGAUGGAGAUGGAGAGCACGGUGUCGAGUGGGCGCUCUACCCCUGCUAUGAUGAACGGACAGAGCAACGCCAGUUCUUCCGGAUCUAAGACGGUGGCUUAUUCCUGCUGCUGGGACCUCUGUCCACAGUGCUUUAACUCAAGUCCUGAUCUGGCCGAGCAUAUCAGAGGCAUUCACGUGGACGGGCAGAGAGGAGGGGUGUUUGUGUGUCUAUGGAAGGGUUGUAAGGUGUACAACACACCGUCCACCAGUCAGAGUUGGCUCCAGAGACACAUGUUGACCCACAGUGGAGAUAAGCCUUUCAAGUGUGUAGUUGGUGGCUGCACCGCCAGCUUUGCUUCCCAAGGAGGGUUAGCUCGCCACGUCCCCAGCCACUUCAGCCAGCAGAGCUCCUCCAAAAUGUCCAGCCAGGCCAAACUCAAGGAGGAGUCGCCCUCCAAGGCUGGACUCAACAAGAGGAAGAAGCUCAAGAACAAACGCAGGUGCUCCCUACCGAGGCCCCACGACUUCUUCGAUGCCCAAACCAUGGAUGCUAUUCGGCACAGGGCCAUCUGCCUCAACCUCGCCACCCACAUCGAGAGUGUGGGCAACGGCCACAGCGUAGUCUUCCAGAGCACGGUGCUAGCCAGAAGGAAAGAGGGGUCCGGCAAGGUGAAGGUCCUCCUACAUUGGACACCUGAGGACAUACUACCUGACGUGUGGGUGAAUGAAACGGAGCGAUCUCAGCUGAAGACUAAAGUGGUGCACUUAUCCCAGUUACCGCAGGACGCCGCCAUGCUGCUAGACCCAAACAUCUAUAGAGCACUUCCACAAAAGCGGUUGAAGCGCAGCCUGUAAGGAGUCAUCUGUGGACUUGAUACUUAAGGGGAAAUGCUCGUUCAUAGGAGGUUUAUCUAAAUGGGAUGGGACGCUCUUCAUCUUCUCUGCUGAACGCGGGGAGUAAAGUGGCGAUAAAAGGAAGUGAAACUUGGCUAUGCUGCAGUUUUUCCCUCUUCGGUUUUGUAUAUCUCAACAAACUGUCGUAGCCAAGUGUGGUGGAAAAUGGGACUAACAAUUUUUAAAAAAGGUUGUGUUCAUCAAAAACGUAAAAUGAAUGUUUUUUUUAACAAGCAGCAAACUGAAAAUAUUCUUAAUACCCAAAUGGUGUUAAAAAAACUGUUUUGUGUAACCUUGUCAGAAAAUACAGCAUAUUUUAUAACUGUUUUUUUGUGUAAAAUAUUUAUGCAGAUUUGUAACUUAUUUUUAUACCAUGAAAAUGCUGGUGUACUGUGGAUUUUUGUGAAGGUUUUAAAUAGAACCAUAUUUACUGUGAUAAUCUAUGUUAUCUGUCACUUGUAGGGACAUUUUGAAAUUUCUAGUUGUAAUUACGUUGUACAUGACAGAAGUCUUAACAGAUUAUCCUAUUUAUACUUACUGAAUGCGGUUCUUUUACCGCUGUAUAUGACAAUGAAGAGUGAGGUUGUGCCGGGCAUGUCAGACACGACUCUUAAGGCCUUUACACACCGGGGGCGUGACGAAUAAAUGGUACAAAAAUAAUAAAUACUCACCUGCCAAUAUUUCGCAUCAAAACUGUUCAUACUGGCAGCGAUGCAAAUUUGCAACAGUUGCAACACUUUUUCAAUAAAAGGUUUGAAUAGAUUUGCACAAGCAGAGGCCAACACCGGGAUCAUAUUGACCCAGAGCAACAUCUGGCAGUCUAUCUGAGGCAAAUUGUUGUACAACCUAAACAAGGGGUGGGGCAAAAAAAUUCCUUAGAAGACCUAAGGAAUGAAUGCUUCCAACCAUGUCAUCAUAGCAUGUCAUGAAGAAUGCUAAAUAAUGAAUACUGUACAUUUUGGUGAGGAAAAACUGGCAUGGCCAUUUUCAAAGGGGUCCCUUGACCUCUGACCUCAAGAUAUGUGAAUGAAAACUCUGAGAUGAGUAGAGUGAAAACUAUUUUACUAGAUAAAACAUGUUGACGAACGGCAUAAUUUGCAGUUGAAAAAAGGUAAUAAAUCGCAAUACUCAACAUAUCGCAAAAUCUUUAAAAUCGUUUAAUCGUAAUUUAAAAUAUUUAAAAUGCCUUUAUUAGUGGGGCAAAGGCUCAGAAAAAUCAACCUUGUCCGGAAAAAAAUUAUGCACAAUUUAUUUUGCGGCGUAACAUUCACAUUCUAAUGACAAAAACAGUUCACGAAGAAAACGCCCCCAGUGUGCAAAGACCUUUAAUCUGUAGACAGUACAGCAUAGAGAUGACAUUUCAGCACACACUCAAAGCAGGGGUGGGCGAUAUCGCAAAAAUAUCAUAUCACGAUUUUUUCAGGCGGGAUCACGAUCCACGAUCUUUUCACGAUUUUUUUUCAUGCUAGUUUUAAAGACAAUUUUGCAAGUUACUGAACAUUACAACCAAACUAAUUUCUCCAUUUUAAAAAAUACAGCCCUAUAAGCUAAUAAAACAUGAGGAAAAAGAAUAACAGAUCAUUAAAGCCAAACAGAUUUCAAUCAAGUGUGCAAUUCUGCAAAGUAUGAACAUUCAACAAGAAUUUUGACUUGGUUUACAAUUUUAUAAAAAUGAACAUUGGUUUCAAAAGGUAAACAACAACACUCAAGUAAAGUGCACUCUUGCUACAUAACAUUAAAGGAACUGGAUUUGGAAUUGUAAAUCAGGUAGCUUAUUAGACACAGAUCCACAGGUGUAAUAUAGACAGCCGUAAUAAUUACUACUGUCAGCUCUCUCGGCAGAUAGAAGGGUCGACACAUAACUGACAGAGCCUCUAAAUCAGGGGAACAGUGACUGUCAAUGAUUCGGCUGUUUGUACACCAGCCGUUAUGCACAUAAAUACAGAGUCCUCCCCCGUUGCUCUUACUGUACCAGAGUCUUUGCUUUGGUCCGGCCUGCUAGCUGCACAGCAGCGUCGGGUAUCAGCGGGUGAAGCCAGGUCUCCGUUAAUAACAUCACGCAGCAGUCCCUGGCAGACUUCGGUAGCUCCAAUUUGUCUGUUUUGUGAACGAUGGAUCUGGCGUUAGAGAGAAAGAUGCUUGGUAGUGGUGGUUUGUGUGGAUGCUUCUUUAGCCUAGCCAGCAGCCCGACCGACAUCCCUGUCUGCUUCCUCUCUCUACGCCGCCUACGGUGCUUCUCGGUGCUGAUAACAAUCCACGUAGACCCCUGUGAUCCGGACAUGUCCGUUGGUAUGUUGCGCGUCCUUUGAAAGUCGCUCGUAGCGGCGGUACUGUGCUGUAAUCCGACGUUGAUUAAGUCUUGACAGCUACACACAUACUUUGCCUGACAAAACUCAACAAGCAAAUCCAGCAUUCACACAAAUAAGCACCAAACCAGGAAGAGAUGAGCCGCUGCACUGACGCACGGUGCUAACUCGAAACUACCAGCAACUGCAAUGUACACUGUAGCACAGUUCUACGAUCUCGCUGAAAAGGCAGAUCGUAGAGACAUUUUAACCGUUCACGAUCUAAUAUCGUCAUAUCGCACACCCCUAACUCAAAGUGUAAACCACAACCUCCUCCUAAAUCGUGUAUAUCAUAGUUGUUAUGAUAAAUUUACAUUAUCGCUAUUUAAACACUCAAAAGUUAUUGUUAAAAAGGUGUGUUUUCUACUGUAUGUUUUCCCUGUUGUAAAUGGAAUACUCUGUUUGUAAUAAAAUGAGGGGGAAACGGCG